GCCGGCCGGCGGGAGGCAGAACCCGGGGGCGCAGGACUCAGCAAGCCUGAAACGCCAGGGGCAGAGCACAGAGCAGUGAGAGGAAGGUGGGGCUGAGGGGCAGGGCCUCAGGUCCGCCGCGUGAUAACCUGGGAGGAGAGGUCGAACGCCAGGGGCUGGGCUGGACUCUGAGGCUCGAGGCGAGACUGGAUGACAGGGGCGUGGCCGAGGAGCCCCAGGGCGGGGCCCGAGGAGGGUCUCAGCUGUGUCCUGCCAGGCAGCACCCCGCGCGGCGCGGCGGCAGCUCCACUCUGGCUCAAGCGGAGGGGAUCGGCGGGAAGCUCCUUCACCCCCUACUUCUGCCGGGCUGUAGCUGCAGUGGGUUGAGAUGAGCUCGGUCAGAUGGCUGCACGGCCCGCUCCUUUCUUAGCAGGCCACUAAUGCUCCAGAACUCUCAGGAGAAGAGCCAGGCCUACCCUCGCCACCGCCGGCCUGGCUACUACACAGACCGCCAGAAUCCGGAGGCCGUCGCAGCCGCAGCUAUGUACACCUUCCUGCCCGACAACUUCUCGCCUGCCAAGCCCAAGCCUUCCAAAGAGCUGAAGCCGCUGCUGGGCUCCGCGGUCCUGGGGCUGCUGCUGGUGCUGGCCGCCGUGGUGGCCUGGUGCUACUACAGCGUCUCUCUACGCAAGGCGGAGCGACUUCGCGCGGAGCUGCUGGACCUCAACGCUGGCGGCUUCUCCAUCCGCAACCAGAAGGGCGAGCAGGUCUUCCGCCUGGCCUUCCGCUCCGGCGCGCUAGACCUCGAUUCCUGCAGCCGCGACGGCGCCCUGCUGGGCUGCUCGCUCACGGCCGACGGGCGGCCUCUGAACUUCUUCAUCCAGACGGUGCGGCCCAAGGACACGGUUAUGUGCUACCGCGUGCGCUGGGAGGAGGCGGUGCAGGGCAGGGCGGUCGAACACGCCAUGUUCCUGGGCGACGCGGCGGCGCACUGGUAUGGUGGCGCAGAGAUGAGGACGCAACACUGGCCCAUUCGCCUGGACGGCCAGCAGGAGCCCCAGCCCUUCGUCACCAGCGAUGUCUACUCCUCCGACGCCGCGUUUGGGGGCAUCCUUGAGCGCUACUGGCUAUCUUCACGCGCGGCCGCCAUCAAAGUCAACGACUCAGUGCCCUUCCACCUGGGCUGGAACGGGACGGAGCGCUCGCUGCGGCUGCAGGCACGCUACCACGACACGCCCUACAAGCCUGCCGCCGGCCGCGCGGCAGCGCCCGAGCUGAGCUACCGAGUGUGCGUGGGCUCGGACGUCACUUCCAUCCACAAGUACAUGGUGCGCCGCUACUUCAACAAGCCUUCGAGGGUGCCAGCGCCCGAGGCCUUCCGAGACCCCAUUUGGUCCACAUGGGCGCUAUACGGGCGCGCCGUGGACCAGGAGAAGGUGCUGCAUUUUGCACAACAGAUUCGCCAGCACCGCUUCAACAGCAGCCACUUGGAAAUCGACGACAUGUACACACCCGCUUAUGGCGACUUCGACUUUGAUGAGGUCAAAUUCCCCAAUGCCAGCGACAUGUUCCGCCGCCUGCGCGACGCCGGCUUCCGCGUCACGCUCUGGGUGCACCCAUUUGUCAACUACAACUCAUCGCGCUUUGGCGAGGGUGUGGAGCGCGAGCUGUUCGUGCGCGAACCCACGGGCCGGCUGCCCUCGCUAGUGCGCUGGUGGAAUGGCAUCGGCGCCGUGCUCGACUUCACGAACCCGAAAGCCCGCGACUGGUUUCAGGGACACCUGCGGCGGCUGCGCUCUCGCUACUCCGUGGUUUCCUUCAAGUUCGACGCGGGCGAGGUCAGCUACCUGCCGCGAGACUUCAGCACCUACCGGCCGCUGCCGGACCCCAGCGUCUGGAGCCGGCGCUACACUGAGAUGGCGCUGCCCUUCUUCUCGCUGGCGGAGGUGCGCGUGGGCUACCAAUCACAGAACAUCUCCUGCUUCUUCCGCCUGGUAGAUCGCGACUCGGUGUGGGGCUACGACCUGGGGCUGCGCUCGCUCAUCCCGGCGGUGCUCACCGUCAGCAUGCUGGGCUACCCAUUCAUCCUACCCGAUAUGGUGGGCGGCAACGCCGUGCCCGAGCGCACAGCCGGCGGCGACGUGCCGGAGCGAGAGCUCUACAUUCGCUGGCUGGAAGUGGCCGCCUUCAUGCCCGCCAUGCAGUUCUCUAUCCCGCCCUGGCGCUACGACGCAGAAGUGGUGGCCAUCGCACAGAAGUUCGCAGCCCUACGGGCCUCGCUAGUGGCGCCGCUGUUGCUUGAGCUGGCGGGCGAGGUCACCGACACGGGUGACCCUAUCGUGCGCCCCCUUUGGUGGAUCGCGCCCGGUGACGAGACAGCUCACCGCAUCGACUCGCAGUUCCUGAUUGGGGACACGCUGCUCGUGGCGCCGGUGCUGGAGCCCGGCAAGCAGGAGCGCGACGUCUAUUUGCCCGCAGGCAAGUGGCGCAGCUACAAGGGCGAACUUUUUGACAAGACGCCGGUGCUGCUCACCGAUUACCCGGUCGACCUGGACGAGGUCGCCUACUUUACCUGGGCGUCCUGACCCAGCCCAGGGCCCGGGAACCAUAGAGCCCCCAGCCUUCAUGCAGACCUCGAACCCUCCCUCACACCCGCACCGUGUACUCCCAGGAACCUCCACCUCUAUACCACCCAUUAUGUGGCUGCCGACCUAAAUGUGAUGGAACCAGCUGCUGAAGGUGAGGUCUGGGGAGGGGGCACUGAAGCAAUCUCCUGCUCCAACCGACAAUCCUGACUGUGCCCUUCCCACUCCCGCACGCUCACACCGGUCUGCAGAAACCUCUUCCCUGGGGUGGGAGCCAGAGAGCUUAGAGGAAAAAGGUCAGCUCUCUUCGUGUUACACAUAGUUGGGGUUUAAAAGCACAAAGAGAAACCCCUCCAUCCUGGCCUUGGUGGCCAUCUUUGUCCAUCUUAGGUGGGGACUUGAUUUUAUUUAAGGUCCCCAAAUAGCCCUCACCACACUUAGAAAGUAUGCUUUCUUAGUGUUGGAAGCCAGGCCCUUAGUUCCCAGCACUCACCUGAACUGUGGCUGAUUUGGUCCCAGCCCAGCUGGAAGAGAAGGUGUUUGGCUAACUGAAAAGGAGGCAAGAGGUCCCCUCCCAGGGAACAGGAGGACUGGGCUUAGCACAGAGCCAUCAUCAUGUUCCCUAUUUGUGAAGAGACUCCUAACACUGCACUAAUCCAUUUGCGUACAUACAUAGGUUCAGCCCUGGGCCAGAUGUACCUGAUAGAACAGACUUGCAGAGCCAUGCAGGCCAGACUUUGUGCCUUAACCUGUGUGCGUGUGUGUGUGUGUGUGUGUGUGUGUGUGUGUAAGAGAGAGAGAGAGAGAGAGAGAGAGAGAGUCGCAUCGUGGGUCCCUGAUCUAUGAAAUGAACACAACCUCUCAGGCUGGUUAAUCUGGAGGAAGGAGGCAUGGAGCAAAUCUGAGGUUCUGAUUGCUGAGCCAGCCUCCUCCCAGGUGGUUUCCCUGGGACUCUGGUAGGAAAUAAAUAGCCCUUUUAAGAUUCCUCAGCUGCCUCACUCCCAGCACAUGUCCCUGGAGUGUGGCCUAGAAGGGAGUGAUGUUCCUAUUCUGGUGAUCUGUGCUGCUUCUGAACACAAGGUACAUGCAUACACUGACAACUACCAAUAAACAGACAGGGGAAGGUCUUUCAUGUCAGCGAUUUUUUUUUUUUUUUU